GCAGAUUAUUGCGCAAGCGCACCCUAUUCAGUGUGCAUCAAUACCGUGUGUGAGUUCAAGAGAGGGAUUCGAGAAAGCCUUUGAUAUGGUUGCAGACAUGGAUGGAGGAAAGCGGAAAAGAAGUAUCUGCUCACGGCAAGAGCCGUUGGCUGCACUGAAGAUCUUGAAAGAUGGGAACAACAAGCGUGACGAAAUCCCCGAUAGAGUGACUCUGAAAAAAGAAAUAGGACUUUUAAGCGCCUGUACAAUAAUCAUAGGGAACAUCAUAGGUUCUGGAAUCUUCAUAUCUCCUAAAGGGGUUCUAGAGCACUCGGGUUCAGUGGGUCUAGCCCUGAUUGUGUGGAUACUAGGGGGAUGUAUAGCUGCCCUGGGCUCCCUCUGCUAUGCUGAGCUGGGGGUCACCAUCCCCAAGUCAGGGGGGGACUACUCCUACGUCACAGAAAUAUUUGGAGGCCUUGUUGGGUUCCUUCUGCUGUGGAGUGCAGUGCUCAUCAUGUACCCUACCACCCUGGCUGUCAUCGCCCUGACCUUUUCUAACUAUGUCCUACAGCCUGUCUUCCCAGACUGUGUCCCUCCCUACAUGGCCACACGCUUGCUGUCAACAGUCUGUCUAUUGUUCCUGACCUGGGUGAACUGUUCCAGUGUACGUCUGGCCACCAGGAUCCAGGAUGUGUUCACGGUGGGGAAGCUGGCGGCCCUGGGUCUCAUCAUAGUGGUCGGCCUGGUGCAGAUCUGCAAGGGUAACUACGAGGGACUGACGCCUCAGGUGGCCUUUGAGUUCAGCACGACUCCCUCGGUUGGGCAGAUCGCUCUGGCUUUCCUUCAGGCCUCAUUCGCCUUCAGUGGAUGGAACUUCCUGAACUAUGUCACAGAGGAAGUGGUUGAACCGCGACGGAACCUACCUCGUGCCAUUUACAUCUCUAUCCCAUUGGUGACCUUUGUGUACACGCUCACCAACAUCGCCUACUUCUCCGCCAUGUCACCCGAGGAGCUGCUGUCAUCCAAUGCUGUGGCUGUUACAUUUGGAGAGAAGCUGCUGGGGAUGUUUUCUGUCAUUAUGCCCAUCUCUGUAGCCUUGUCUACGUUUGGAGGCAUCAACGGCUACCUCUUCACAUCUUCUAGAUUGUGUUUCUCUGGUGCCAGAGAGGGACAUCUACCCAGCCUGCUGGCUAUGAUCCACUUUAAGAACUGCACCCCUAUCCCUGCUCUCCUCUGCUGCUGUACUGCCACCAUUGUAAUCCUGUGUAUAGGAGAGACACACAACCUGAUCAACUAUGUGUCCUUCAUCAACUACCUCUCCUAUGGAGUCACCAUCGCAGGCCUGCUCUAUUACCGAUGGAAGAAGCCCAAACUUUACAGACCAAUUAAGGUAAACCUACUUGUUCCUAUCACCUACCUGAUGUUCUGGGCCCUGUUACUGGGCUUCAGCCUGUACUCUGAGCCUGUAGUUUGUGGUGUUGGGCUGGUCAUCAUGCUCACUGGUGUACCAGUCUACUUCCUGGGGGUGCACUGGAAAGCCAAGCCAAAGUGUAUCUAUGACUUCAUCGAGUCAGCAACCUACGUGGCACAGAGGCUGUGUUUCGUGGUCUUCCCUCAGUUCGACCCCAUCGAGAUCAGUCCAAUCGAAGAAUGGCCCGACAAGUCUUCUGACACUCUAUCUAGGAAGUCUUAAACUUUUUUGCCUUCUGAAGUAUUUUUCUUUUUGUAUAUUCUGUCACUGUAUGAGUACAGACACGGCCCGUUCCUUAUAGUGGAGCCCCUAGUCUGGUCUCUGGUAACCUCAGACUCAUAUCCAUUUCUUUACAGCUAGGUGGAAUUGCCUGCGUUUUGAUGCAUGGGCCACUUGCAAAAAAAAUGUAUUAUCUUUUUGUACUAAGUCGUCAAGGACAACAAGCUAAUGGCAACAGUAUCACAUUUUGAAACAGACUUCAUAUGCCCUACGGAAGUAUUUGAGCCUUUGGAUUUUAAUUGACCUAAGAUUUACUGUGCAUCAUUGUGCCUUUUAGGGGAAAUUGUGUACCUUAUUAACAAACAUGUACCUUACCUAUUAUUGGAAUUUGGAAUUUGCUUUGUGUGUUCCUUAUGAGAAUUUGCUUUGCUUUGUGUGUUCCUUAUGAGAAUUUGCUUUGCUUUGUGUGUUCCUUAUGAGAAUUUGCUUUGCUUUGUGUGUUCCUUAUGAGAAUUUGCUUUGCUUUGUGUGUUCCUUAUGAGAAUUUGCUUUGCUUUGUGUGUUCCUUAUGAGAAUUUGAAAAGCACUGUGGUCUUCCACGUUCUGCUUCUUGCCAGUUGUUAAUUUGCCACAUGUCAUGACUUCCUCAGAUUUGUGAACAUGUUCAAAAUUAUCUGAACAAAGACCUCAGAGCCUUUGACUGGAAUCCUUUGGAAAUUAAUCUCUUUAGCCAGCAACAGCCAACAACAUAGAUGUGUUCUGAUUGUAUACUGCUGAAUGAUAGAUGGUUGUAGUUGAUAGUUGAGUGUCACUAUGUUUUUACAGUAAUUAAUUUGUUUAACUUUUGCCAUUGCCUUUAACAGUACUGAUUCUAUUUCAUAUACUGUAAAUACACGACAACUGUAAUGUUCACAGCUGACAUAAUGACCCAAACACCAAUUUAUACCGAUGUUAUGUGGAAGUAAAACUGCUCACAAAAUGCUUGCUGGACUUUUCUAAUGCUUGUUUCUAAACUAAGAUUCUAAUAUCAAGUUAACUUAUUUUAUUUUCUAUUCUCUACCACACUUAAAACUAAAUGCUGUGCUGGUAACCUGACAAAAACAUACAAAAGGCCUUUGCUUUUCCUGUGGUGCACUGUACUGCCAUUCCAUUUAUUUUCCCUAAACAGAGCUCUUUAACUGAUAUUGUGUUCUUCAUAUGACCAGGCCCUUGACUGUUACUGUAAAAAAAAAAAGAUGAUAUGUUGCAUUUCUUUUGAAAUGAACAUACAUUUUAAGUAGCCUGGAUUUAUAGAUAUAUACUGUAUUGUAGUAGAUAUAUGGAUACUGUACUUGAUACCACACAUUACUCAAGGCACAUAUUUAAUGCCAAUAACCAGAUAAUGAUGUAGGUUUAGGAUAUCAUUAUGUAGUUUGUUAGUACUACGUGAGUCUGAGUUGUCUCUCCAACAGCUGCCAUGAUCAUUAAGCCAGUCAGGUAAAACACAGUGCUUAUGCAAGAUUUGUUACUACUUUAUAUCCAUUUUAGUUCAGAUGUCUAGAGCAGUCUUGAUAUGAAGAGCUUUUACACUGUAAAUUAUUUGUAAAGCAUCAGGUGUUUACAAUGGGUUCAGUACUUGGAAUGUUAACUGGAAUGUAUUUUAGUGCACUUUUUUGUAAAUGAGAAAAUGACAAUAAUACCACAAUAAAUCAAAUACCUAUCGGAA